UCCCACUGCGCAGUAUAUAUAUAUGUGUGCUAGCUUAUACAAUCAUACAAUCAUUUACACAAAUCGUCAGAGACAAAAUGGCGGAUAAACGUAAUAAUAUGUCUGAAGACACUGACUUAGAAUGCGAUUUUGUCGAUUCUGUACAAACUCAUAAGAAAGAAGGACUUACUGAUGUAAUGCCGAAAUAUACGAAAACGUCUGAAUAUGGUGAAGGACGGGUGGAUUCCGGAAUGAUAAGCAUGGGGGAUAGUCUGGAACAUUCGAGUGUGAAGCAGGCUGAUAAAUCUCCCGUACAGUGCUCGGAAGCUUAUGAAAUAGAGGAGAAAUUUAAUGGUCUGCGUGUUAAUGAGGACGAUGAAGGGGUUUCUAUGACAAGUUUAAGGUCAUAUGACAGUGAGAACUCUCAGGUUUCGCUACCGGAACCACAGGAAAUAGAAGUCGAUUUGAAUGCUGUGGAUGAGGACGGUGACACCAUAGUUCAUGUGGCAAUAGUAAGCCUUAUGAACGAGUCUGCAUUGGCACUCAUUGACCUUGCACUUGAUGGUAACUGUUUGAACAUUCAGAACUAUCUUCAUCAGUCCCCACUUCACCUUGCAGUGCUAACAGGCCAGGUAGAUAUCGUUCAAACAUUGGUAACUAAAGGAGUGGACGUGACUCUUCGUGACCAACAGGGAAACACACCUCUCCAUAUCGCAUGCAGGAGAGGAGACAGGGACUCGGUAGCGUGUCUUGUUCAGUCGUUCGGUGACAAUGCUACUGCACGUAAAAAGUACUUUUCUAUAAGAAAUUGUGAAGGGUUAACAUGUGUCCAUGUGGCGUCCCAGUAUAAAGAAUUCAUCAUAUUGGGUCAUUUGUUUGCUAAGGGUGCUGAUGUCAACAUCGGAGAUGCUAAAAGCGGUAGAACCAUGUUACACUAUGCCGCUGAAAACAAAGACAUUGAAACUGUCACUUUAUUGCUCACACAUCCAAAAAUUGAUGUAGACUGUAAAACAUUCAAAGGAGAAACACCGCUGGUUCUAGCGUUCUGGAGAAACUAUCAGGACAUUGUGAAAAAACUGAAGGCAAAGGGAGCAUGUUUCAACUACGAUCUUUUCGAGGAGUCUGACGAUGAAAACAUUUCCUGAAUUGUCUCAUAAGCCCCCUGUGGAUGAGAUAGUUUCAGUCGCUGUAAUAGCACGGUUAUGCCAUAAUUCCAGUGCUUGCACUGGAAUAGAUGACAAAUGGGCGGGAUGUGUGUAUGCUGAAGUAGCAAAUAGAUUUGACCUUUGAUCACAGUUAAUUUUCUUAUGUUGACUACAUACAUAAGGUGAAGACUUUAACAAUCGAUCGAAAGUGGACGAUCUAAUUAGAGGAUACUUUAUACACUGAUGCGGAAAACUUGGUGGAAUCGCGAUAUCAAUAUAUUGAUAUAUUAAUAUUUUGUUGUAAUAUUGUGUUGAGUUAUUAAACAGGCCAGUAUUUUGAAAAUUUCUGUUAAGAAAUAAAAAUUUAAUUGAUCA